AUGUCCUACGAGUCCCGGCAGUCCCUUCGGCUGCUCGAGUCGGGAGAGGCGAGCACGCUCGCCGAGAUCCGCGCGGACCGGCCGCUCGUGCUCGACUUUUGGCACACGCGCUGCGGUAACUGCCCCGAGGCGCUCACGAAGCUCGACGCGCUCGCGGCGAGCGGAAAGCUGCCCGGCGUCGCCUUUGCGGCAUGCGCCCUCUCGCUGGGCGAGGGCUCGUUCGAGCAGACGGCGGAGCUGGUGGACGACGAGUGGGAGCAUCUCACCCACCUCUUCAUGAGCACCGACGAGAAGGAGGUCGCUAAGGCCGAAUUUGGCUUCUCGGCGGCCGUCCUGUACAAGGGCAGCCCCAAGGCGGCCGACUGGGUGGCCAUCUUCAGCUCAGCGGCAGCCGACGCCGCCUCGCCCGCCUCGCCCGACUCGGACUUUUGA